UCAGUGCCGUUUGGGGCCAUCAGCAAGAAGCAGGAUUGUAACGGUAUAUCCUGCGUCGUCGCGCAACUGUUUGUCCAAAAAAAGAGUCAAGCAGCAAAAGAACCAAAAAAAAAAAAAUAUCUAUAAGAAACAAAAAAAGCAAAAAUUAAUAAUUUUAUAAAUACAUAGAAUAACAUCCAACAAAAAACCAAUCAAUGCAAAUCGAUAACAAAAAAUGCCUUAGCACAAAAUGUAAUACAAGUAACAACACAACGCAAGCACCUACAAAAAAAAGAAACGAAACGAAAAAGAAAAAAAACAAGUGAAAUGUUGCCAAUCGAGCAGGAAAAACCCAAGCAAAUGCCAAUUGAUAAUUUAUCGUUAUCGUUGAUAAAUACGAGUGGCUGAGCAAAAAGAACGCGGUGUCAUUUUAGCGAUUUUUGUCGUUUUACCAUUUUUGUUGGUGUUCAACUAAUCAAAAGCUGCUAAGCAUAACUCUCAAUGGCCACUGUCUACAUCGCGCUUCACCGCCCCUUCCCCAUAAACUCACCCAACUGCCAAGCAACCAGCACAGCACCUCUUCUCCCUUAGCCUCAGCCUCCGCCCACGCGACCGUUACGGCAGUUGAUGCUGCGCUCUUGGAAGAAAUACCCACACACACACACAUAGAGAGACAGACAGACAAACGCAUACGCACACACAUACUCGCAUACAUUGUAAUUAUGUACACACGUUUAGUUAGUUAGUUUUAUACGUAACGCGAAAGCGCUUUGCAAACGUGUCUUCGAUAAAUCGCGAUCGAUAGAUCUGUAACUAAUAUGUGUACAUGCGAAUCGAAUAACAGUGAUGUAUCGACUGCCACCACAUUAAGCCCUCCAAACGUUAAUUGCAAAAGUGUUAUAUAAUAUGUGAAAAAUACUUGAUACUGGUCACAAAAGUGUGACCACGUUGCAUAAACAAACGCAAAACGAAAUUGCAGGCAAACAAAAAACAGAAGAGAGAAAAGAAAAUUAGAAAUAAACAUAUACAGCGCAAAGUUCGUUGCGAAUAGUUUUUUGUGCCAUGUUCCGGGCUUAUAUAAGCAGCCGCCGUUCAGAGAAACAGCAAACCCGAAGUAGUACACACACACACACACACAAACGCACCACAAAAAAAAGAGAAAAUACCUAUACAUACAUGUACGAUGGCGGGUCUAUGUGUGUGUCCGUGUGAGUGCUACAGUGUAUAUGUGUGUGUGCGCAGUGUCAACGCAGCAGCAAAUAAAACAAAAGUGAAAGUUAACAAAUACACACGCACAGUGUGGCCAGAGUACCCAUGGAAAUAAAACAUUCCAUUCUCAUCCACUCGACUUAUGAUUAUUAUUUUUAAAAAGCGCAGCUUCUUUUGUGACACGCACGCAGCAACAAGAAAGAAAAUCUACAAAAAAAAAAAAAAAAUGAAAAUGAAAAGUACACAUACAUUAAAAAUCUGAAACGAUUCUUCGUGCUCGAAACAAAAAGAACAUUUUGCAUUUGUUGUUGGACAAUCAGCGGUAGCAGAAACAGCAGCAGUAGCAGCAGCUAACACAAAUACCAAUACACAAGUCAAAUCCACAUGCAGGCGCCGCAGUCGCUGUCGUCUUUGGCGCUGGCAUAAUAUCUACAAUACAUAUACAUACUUACAUGCUUACAUACAUGCGUACUUACCACCAACACUAACACACGUACAGUGACAAAGAAGACGGUGACUACUUCAUGCUGCUACAAAAGGCACGCCGAGUGCUUGCCUGGCUGCCCUAAGUAACUACUCACACACAUACACACUUCCACUUAUACAGGCAUACGCGCAUACACUUAUACCAACUGCUUUACCACCACCCACGAACGGCUCGUCCGCUGUUUUGUGUUUGCAGCAAUAACAACAACGACAACAACAACAACAAAAGCAGCAAGGCAGCAGCAGCAGCAGAAGCACCAGGCAUCAUAGGCAGCGUCGGUCGCUGGCUGCUGCUGCGAAUUAUAUAAAUUUCUUUGCGUUGUAUGUGUGUGUGUGUGUGUGUGCUGCUGUCUCACAAUCGUAUCUCUGUACGAGAGAGUGUGUGUCUGCGUGUGCUAGCGACGUUUUUUCGGCGUUCUUCUUUGUGCGGUGGCUGCUGCGGCUGCUUCGUUUUACUUCGUGUUCGUCAUGUGCUCGUCGUCGAGCUGCUCCCACACUAGAGGCUUUCUCUCUCGUUCUGUCACACUCGCUUAUUGGCUCGCUUAAAGCUGGCUGCUGUGUCACUUGCACACCAUUGCUGUUGUUGUCAUUCUGCAUGUGCACAGACAAUGCAAAAUGCAAGUUUCUUUUUUGUUUGUUUCAUAAAUCUCUGUCAUCAAACUGCAUUUUAUAAGUACUUGCAAUUGCUUUGGAUUGCGUUCAAAGCGUUCAACGCAUGUAAUGCUAUUUCUAAAUGCAAAAAGAGCGAUGCUGCUGCCGUUUUGCUGACGAUGUCACACACAAAAGAGAGCGCGCAGCUUAGCUUGGAGCGUGGGCGCAUAACAACGAGCUCUGCUAUCGUUGUCCGUUGCGUUGCGUUGGCGUUUUCAAGAAAGAUGCCAACAGAGAGCGAGAGCGAGAUUGCUAGUGCGACAGCGAGAGCGAGAGCUGAGUAGCGUGUGCGAUACAGGGCGAGGUGUUUUGUCGAUUUGAGGUGGUGUGGGGUUGGUGACUGAGGAGCGAAAGAAGCGAAAACGAAACCGAAAAUUUUGUUUCGAAAACGCAACGAGCUCUGCGGCAACCUUAAAAGUCUUUUGUUUUCCAAUAAAAAAUAAUGAACGAACAAAAAAAAACAAAAACUCAUUAAACAAUAAAUGAUAAUAGUAAAUGUAAUAUAUGGUAAUUGAUAAUGUUUUGCAGUCCAGCAAAAUUGCUGCUAUGUGACCUUCGUGUGAGGCAAUAAUGUCCAAAAAGUAUGCAACAGCAACAACAACAACAAAAUAAGCAAAAAACACACACGACACACACGAAUUUCAAUUUCAAGGUUAAUGUGCAGCAGUGUCGCAAUAACAACAACAACAACAACAACUGCAGUAACAACAUCAACUACUAAUACAACAAAAGCAGCAGCAGGAAUAAUAAUAACAUCAUCAACAGCAAAUUAAAUAGUAACCAAGCACCAAAAAAAAAAAACGCAGCAGCAACUUCGGCCCCAACAACAACAACAGCAAUAAUAACAUAAAAUAUUCUUAAUAAUUAAAAAAGAGAAAAAGAAAUUCCUGCAAAUGCAAGUGUUACAAAAUGUUUUGUGUUAUCGAUAUCAGUGGCAUAUAAAAAUCGUUUAUCGUUCGCAAGCUUACAAUUAAUCGGGACUUUCGUUUCGUUGCGUUACGUUACGUUGCGUUGCAUUCACUUACGUUCGAUACGUUACGUUGCGUUGCGUUGUGUGUUUUCUUCCCCUCCUCCCCUCACGUUAUACUUCAUUUUGAACUGCUUGCUGCCGAGCCUGCCAUGUGUAGAGAGAAUGAGCCGAUCAGCUGUACGAGCCACGACUAGAAACUGCAGUGCAUGUUAAUUGAAAUUGAAAGUAAAAUCGAGCAUUGAGUGCCAUCUGUUGGCUGAUAGCGUGUGUGCCUGUGCUCCAAGUGCAACUGCAGAACCGUGGGGAUUCAUGCCGCUAGCCGGAGUGUUGAGAGACGAGCCAAGCAGUUGCCAGGAUACGCUUGGAGCCGCCUUUAAGGCAGCGGAGGAGACGCAGCAGCAGCAGCAGCGGGCACAGCAGCGGGUGCAGCAGCGGCAGCAGCAGCAGCAGCAGCAGCAGCAGCAACAGAUCGAAACGAAACCCACAUAUUAAUGAUGAUGAUGGGGCCAUGAGCCCAUCAUUACUCGCAUUGAAUUGGAGUCGCAAGCGCGUCUCAAGCGGGCCUGCACCAUGCUAGCACCGCCGAACCCGAGGUCAAUAUGCGGCCAGGACCCGGGCUGGUCGUGAUGGCGCUUGCGUUUAUUUCGGGGGCUCGGCGUGCCAGCACCAGCAGCAGCAGCAGCGGCAGCAGCAGCAGCUCGUUACUACUAACAACAACUGGAGGAACAACCACAGAUUCAACCACAGAAACAGGAACCAGAGCAACAACAAUACCACCAGCAAUAACAACGACGACAGCAACAUUAUCAGCGACAGCAGCAACGUUACCGUCCACCUACGACUCGGCCAGCGGCAGCAGCGAGUCGUUCAACUUCAACGCUGGUGGCGGCUUCACAUUUCUGCUGCCAACAUUCCACGACGGUAGCCCUGGUGACGGCGGCCGUCCCAGCAGCAGCGACACCGCCGACCAUUCUAACAGCCACCACACACACAGCCACAGUCACACGAACACGCCCAUCCACAGCUACGCCCACCACGCUGACGAUCGACCGCCGCUCAAUUUUGAUUUCUAUCGCCGACCAACGCUGCACGCACCCAACGACGACGACGACGACGAAUCGUUGCUUGCCUCAUCGACGCGACGUGCCCGCAGUGUCGACGAGGCCACACGGCAAGCGGGCGGUCAAGACAUCGACGGACGGGGCACGGGUGGCGGCGGAAGCGGCAGCAGCAGCGGAGGCGGCACAGAGUCGGCGGCGGUUGUGCCAGAGUCCAGCGAGGCGACGCUCAUCAGCGAGAACGACGACGUUGAGCCUGAUACGGAGCAGGAACAGGAACAGGAGCGAGAGCGUGAAGAGGAUAACAGCGGUCUGCCCGUGCAGUACGCCUCGUCGCGUGCUUUGGAGGAAGACACUGAUACCGAGGCGGACGCGGACGUGGUAGCGGACGAGGACAUCUUUGCGCUGGUCGCUGAGGACGAUCUGCUGUCGGAGGAGUCCUUUGAUCGUUUGAUAAAACUAAGCGAAGACGCCGAGACCGCUGCUGCCGAGGAGGAAGAUUACAAUCUCUCCCUGACACAACCGCAACAGCAACCACAGUCGGAUCAAAAGUUGGAGCAGCCGGAAUUGGAGCCUGAGCCGGAGCCGGAGCCCGAGUCGCAGCAACAGGACGAGAGUCGAUUAGUCGAUGAAAGCGUGCUGCAUGCGCAACACAACGAGCAACACGCCGAGGAGGAAAGCAUUAGCAUCAGCAACAACAACAAACGUGAGACAGGUGAGGAGCGGAGCAGGGGCAACGACGCUUAUGCGUCGCAUCUGAUUGCAAUUGCCCAAAGGGACGGUGGCACUUUGGCGGCCGCUGUUGCAACACCAACAACAACAAACCCAGCAACAACAACAACAGCAACAACAGCAUCAAAGCCUGCUGUGGACCUCAAGAAAUCCAUACUCGGCACUGCGACCGCCAUAACACGCCUUAAUCCUUGGAUAUCAGCUUGUGAUCUGGCACAGCCCGGCAUAACUGGCACCGACUUGCAGGGUCAGUGCUCAGCUGGUACACUGCCCAUGGCCUGGGUCGAUGAAGGACCUGGCCCGCCAAUCUGUCCGCGAUCCUGUGCUGAGCAACAGCCAACGGACAGCAGCCCGAGUUCGAGUGCGAGUUCGAGUCACGCUGCUGAUAAUAAAGUCAAGUACUUCAGAAAUGCCAAUACGAUUAACUAUAAGUCGCGUUUAAGCCACAGCAGCAGCAGCAGCAGCAGCAACAAUAACAAUAAAGCCAUGUCGCGAAUGCGUCGUGAAAGAGAAUGGCAACUGGAGGGAGCCAACGAUGCAGCCACAGAGAUGGCAGCAACAACAACAGAACGCGAACAGGAACUUGAGCUGGACAUGGAGGAGGAGUUAGAGGCAUCCACGCUGGCAGCCACAAGUAGCAGCAGCAAUGUAGAUGAGCUGGAUGAGCAGUCGAUGCCCACAUUGCUCUACAGUCAUCUGCAAACACACGAGCAACUCAGCGCAAAUGAGCAACAACAGCAACAACAGCAACAGCAACAACCACAGCAGCAACAACAACAGUGCCUUGAUUACCUGGGCGAUGCCGCCGAGACAAGUCCACAGCAUUUGUGCGGACUGCGAUCGCCUGGUCAGCUGCUGGCGCGUCUGCGCUCAUUGCGUUUGCGGCAUUGCUGCGAGCGGAGCGUGUUCAGUGCUCUGCAUACGCUGGCGUUGAAUGCCACGCUGACGGAUCGCAACGAGUGUGUGCGACUGCUGAGCGAUCUACUUGAAGUGGAUGCGUUGUCCAAUCGCAUCACCUGCGAACUGGCCGAGAUACUCUUUCGCUUCGACUGCCGUCAGGUGUAUUCGCUGAUCAAUCAGUGCGAUGACUGCAAGGAAGCCUAUCGCCGUUGGGUUUGCAGCACGCUUGUGCCGUAUUUUGCCGAGCCCCAGGAUGUUGAUGCAGCACCGCCACCGCCAACAACAACAAAGCCGAAAACACAACAGCAAACAACAACACCAGCCGAUGACCUGGCGAAUCGGGGGCCAAUGGCAGCGGGUGUGAAGAGCAAGCGAGCUGCGAGAAGUGCAGGCGUUCAAGGUGCUGCCGUUGUUGUUGUUGGUGUUGGUGUUGGAGGGAGCGAUGGCAUCAAUGGCAUCAAGCAUAAAUCUCAGAAAUUAAUCAGCAAUAACAAUAAAUCAAAUAACGGCAAUAACAUGAACGAGCGUCAGAUUAAUCAACAGCAUGAUGAGGACAUUGAGCCCCAGCACAAAGCGACGGCGACGGCGACAGCGACGGUAGAGAGCGAAAGGGACAACGAUGAGAGCGAGCGAGAGAGCGAGAGUGUGGCACAGGCAUUCUACAAUGUUGUUGGCAUUGGCCAGCAUCAAUCGCAGGCCCAGAAGCGACAACAACCACAACCACAGCCACAGACUGCGCCGCAGUCACAGUUGCAGUUGCAGCCACAGUCGCAGGAUAGUAAGCGCAAGGACAACAACAGCAGAGCAGCCAAGGCCGGACAACAACAAUUCAAUAAUUUCAUAUCGACUGCCAAUAAUGCGGAUCCCAGCGCAGCGGAUCCAGUGAUAUCAAAACUACAAAAGAGAUCAACACGCAAGGCAGAGUUCCGUAAGCGCCGACGCAUUCGACCCUGCCUCAGCGUUUGCCAAACCGUGGAACAAAAGUGCCCCUAUCUGCUGCCCGCCGAUCGCGCCCCCGCGCUGCCCACCCAAUAUGCCGGCGAGCCGACAUUCGUAUGCCUAGAUCAAAAUAUACCCGAGACCGGCGAGCAGCUGAAGAAAUCCAGCUACGGACCCAACGACUGCUGCUACAGUUACUGCAACGGACCCACAGCGGGCAUCUGCACCAUCUGCCAGGACUUUGCGAUGCCCACGUCCACCACAGCCAACGCCAACUCCAACUCGAAUUCCAGUUCGAAUGCGAGCGGACAUCGUGUGCACAACAUAACACUGACGAUGAGCUCUCCGGCCGGGGAGCAUGCACGUGCGGCGAGCGUCUCGGUGGCGCUGCGCAACGUGAGUGGGGCCGAGAAGAUGGCCGGCGGGGAGCUGUUGGAGAGAUUGCCCUACUAUGCACGGCAUGAGAGCAUCUACUAUUACGACGACGACGACGAUGAGGGCAGCGUUAUGCCUGAGGUGGCACUAUCUGACGGCUGUGCCGCGGUGCCAUCGGUGAGCAGCCGCUGUGAGAUACCCUACUAUGCAUCCGGUGUGGCGCCGUCGCCGCCAACGCAGCUGCUCGUCUGGCUGAGCGCUCUGCUCGGUCUGCUGAGCAGCUGUGGGGCAGCGAGGCAGCGCUGUGCACGUUCCCGCAGCAGCAGUUCAGCCACUGGACGUGUCGACUGUGCGGCCAGCUGUCACGAGCUGUUGGCCAGUUCAUCGAUGUCCAGCGGGGAGCGGGCGAGGGAGCGGGAGCGGGAACGUGGCGACAGUCCAAGGCGCUGUCGAGACGGCAGCGUGAAAGGAAACGGAAGUGCAAGAAGCUUCACUGCCAGCCUGCAAGCCUGGGCCUGGGCAUGGGCGUGGGCGUGGGCGUCGCCAACGAACUGGGCGUGGUCAUGUUUAGGGGCAUGGCUGUGGGUGUGGGUGUGGGUUUGGCCGGUGAAUACUUAUAAAGUAAUGUGUAGGAAAGUGCGAUAUUUUAGGGGCGGCAGCAGGAGUAAAUUAAAAAUCGAACGCAUACGCGAUGGCGAUGGCGAAGGCGAAGGCGAAAUGAGGUCUAGAGAUAGUCGUAUAAUUAACUAUAGAGACUUACAACAACUAAUACGAAUCAAGUGCAGCGAUAGGAAUAGAAACGCUAGAAAUUAUCGUUACUUCUACUACUACAACUACAACAUUAACGAUUGGUGGCGAAGAUGGAAGUGGUUCGUCAAAGGAACCAUCGCUAUUGGCGCCUUAUAGUGCAUGCAAUUAGUAUGCGGUCACCUGCAGACUGCCCCACAUUGCAGAUUGAAGUUAUAUAAUGUCAUUAAUUGUAUUUCGUACUCUAGAAAAUUACUCGUAAUGCUAGCUAAUUAAAACGAAACGAACCCCAAAACAAAAAACAAAAAAACCAAAUAAAAUACAACACAAAAAUGCAUAAACAUCAACUGCAAAUUGUCAGUUGAGUGUAAAGAACAUAAAGAAAAAGAACAACAAAUUAAAAAUGAUUAUAUAUAUAUAUAUAUAUAUAAUGUUAAUUAUAAUAAUGACAGAAAAGUGCGGGUCCUUCAGCCUGAAAUGAUUGGAGGGGGAUAAAAAAAAGGAAAAUGCGUAUGUAAUGAAAUGAAAAUGAAAAAGAAUAACACUUUAAAUAUUUAUGGUCCUCUUUCAAGUGAAAUAUAAAUGAAUAACAAAACCAAAAAAAGAACAAAAAAAAAGAAACCAAAUAUGAAAAAAAGUAAAACAAAAAUUAUAAAUCUCUAUUAAAACCUAAACAAAAAAUAGCAUAUUUUAUUACAACUAGAAACAAAGAAUAUAUUAAUAUUUAAUUAAACAAAAAACAACUGCCACAAAAAUAGGUUUUUUAGGUAAACAUUAAACAAAACCAGAAAGAUAAACCAAAACCACAAACAAAAACAAAGCGAAACAAAAAAACAAACAUUUAACAAAAAAGUAUAUACAAAAAUCCAAAAAACCAAAAAAACGAUACAUUAAUAUACAUAGUUAUAAACUUAAAUAACGGCAAAGCAAAACAAAAAAGAAAAUGAAAAGAAGGAACAGAUAAAAAAACGAGCAAAUUUUAGGUUAGCUAAAACAAAAACAAAAUGAAAGACAAAAUGGAUAAACUUGAAAUAAUAUUUACAACUAGACUAAUGAAAUUCCAAUAAAAAAAACGCAUACUUACAAAAUUCGCUGCAUACCAAAUGAAUAAAACAAUUAGUCAAAUCAAAUUCAAAGUAAAUUAAUAAUAAAAAAUCAGACACCAAUACACAUACACAUACCUGUAUACUCAGCCACUCACACACACACAUACAAUCACAAUAGACUCAUUAUACAAAACUGAAAUAGGCCGCUUAUCGAAACCAUUUUCAAAAGAACAUACAACAUUAAAGAAAUGAAAGAAUAAAUGAAAUGAAAACCAAAUAUGAAACAUGAGAAACUUUACUUAUUGCAUAAAUUAGUUUUAAACAAAUCAAAUAUUAUAACAUAGUCACAAAAGGAAUCGAUUUGAUAGAAGAGGAAAACCAAAAACAAAAAAAAAAAACAUAAAGCAAAUAUAAUUGAAAAAGAAUUAGAGGAGGAGAUGGGAGAAGUAACAACCAAAAAUGUGUCUAAGAUUGUCUUUAUUUAGUUUUAAAAAAAAUGAACUUUGUAUAACCAAAAGAAAAAGAAAAAACAAAAAACAAUAUAAAGCGCACAGUAAACUUAUCUUAUAAGGUUCAUUGACAACAUAGAAGCGAAAAAUAAUGACGAACAUGAAGAAGAAGAAGAAGAAGAAGAAGAAGAUGAGGAGUAAAAGGAAGAAGCAGAUGACGACGAAGAAGAAGCAGAUGAAGCAUAUGCAUACGAUUAUAUACGAGAUUAGAAAAGGGGGAUCUAAAAAAAGUAAAAAGUAAAGUAAAGUAAAGUAUAGCUUAGGUAUACACAGGUAACACAACGUGCAACGUGCAACGCAUAUGUAGCAACAGCAGCAACAACAACAACAAAACAAAAACAACAACAACAUACCUACUAAAAAUAAAUAGUGCAUACAAAUAAUAAUAAAAAAAUAAAUAAUGAAAAUUUUUGUAAUAAAGUUAACUCUAUGUAGCGUACAUAUACAUAAAUGACAAAACAACAACAUAAAUAUAUAUAUUAUAUAUAUUUAUAAUUAAUAAUUUAUCGUACAUACUUGCAGCAAAAACAAAACAAAAACCAAAACUUGAAACUAUAGGCAAACAAUAAAGAAGAAAACAAAAGAAAAACAAAAUAAUAGUAAAGAAAAUUGACGAUGAUAUAACAUUAUGGUAUAUAAGUAUUAUAUGAGAAUAAUUAGUUACUAAUUGAAAAUAAAACGAUAAAACGAUGUAUUUGGUAUUAACUAAUUGCCUAUUGAAUUAAGCAUGUACCACCAACAUGACUCAACUCAACUCAACUCAACUCAACUCAACUGAACUCAACUCUCAAUUCUCGAAACUCACCUCACACCUCUCGUUAUUCACAUAUUUCACCAAUUCACCUUUCCAAGUCUCGAUCUACUCGCACAACUGUUUGAGAGUUUUUUCGGCACUUUGCUUUCGUUACUGUUCUUACUUUCCACAACUACGCUCUCACACACUCUCUUACCUUUUCUCUCUCACUGUCUUUAUCACGUUCUCUUUCUCUGUGUGUAGCUUCAUUUUCGAAGAGGUUAAGGCACUGCAGGCAGUACUAAGAACCCGAUUUUAAGAAAGAUCUCUGUUUUUUUCUUCUCACCAAACUGACGCAUUACUUUAAAAAAAGGACAAACAAAGAAAUUCUCUCUCGUGUUUUUUUGAUGGUGGAGCAGCGCACAUUAUUUGUGUGUUAUGUUAGGUGUUGUUGUAGAUAACAAAUUGUAAACGUAAUUAAUGACAGCAGCUGAAAAAAAAUGGCUCCUCCUUAUGUAGCAGAUUAAUCUUGCACUCGAAACUCUAUCAAACUUCCCAAGUAAACUUUUCUGUCACAGCUGAAUUCGAUUCUUCUUUAUCUACUUAAUAUAAGCCAACUUCAGUGAGUAUCAUUGAACAACAUUUAUAAGAAGAUGAACUACUGCUAACUAUGCUUAAAUUCUUGAUGAAACUCAAGCUCCUUGUUCCCACCUGAGCUGAACAGCUUUUGCUCCUCAUUUCCAUAUCAAUUACUCAAUGCAACAGACAACCUGCUAUUUGCCUUUGUAAAUACACAUACACGCACACGUACAGGCAUACACAUACACAUCACACACUCAUACAUAAACAUACACAUACAAAUAAAGACAGCCAGAAAAACUCGUUGGAUAUAAAAAGUAUGCAAUGCAUUUCAAUUUCAAUUUCGAAUUCUGUUUGAAUUUCUGAUUAAUUUAUGAGAGUUCUUUGCUUAUUUGUUGAUUUCUGAAUUUGAGAUAUGAGAAUUUACAAAACAUAAAUGAAAUGAAAAACACCGAACAUGUUCUCGACCUCAAAUAAUUGUGUGUGUGUGUAUUUCUAAUUAACUGGGAGUAUGAACAAAUUUAACAAACAAAAAAAGAAAAAAAAAACCACAAAGUAUAGAAACAUAUAUUAAAAACAAACGAAGAAAAUGAGGAAAACACACGUUUUGAGGCGAAAAACAUUUCAAAGCGAGAGCCGCUGGCACAAAUUGCGCGCAUAUGCAAAUUGUUAUGAAUUAUUGUGUACUUUUGUAAAACUUUUUGAUAUAUAUAAUAUAGUUAACAUGAAUAGAUGCCUAAAUAAUAAAUUAAAUGUUAAUUUAUUUAAAUGUAAACAAUAAACAAAACAAAAUGCAAAACCUCCCCCCCCCAAAGAAAACGAAACAUUAGCAAAAUGUUUGGAGUUGGCGAAUCGAUUUUUUUGCGAAUGCAACAUUUCUCCAAUGAAUGCAUUCGAUUCAAAAAGUUGAUGAUAGUAUCCACAUAAACUAGUUGAAUGCUAAUGAUACGAUGACGAUGAUGACGAUGACGAUGUUAUAAAUAUUGCUAACGAUGAUUGAAACGAAAACAGAAUACGGAUACGGAUACGGAAACGAAGACAAAGAUGGAAUAAAGCAAUUCAGUAUGCGGAUUGUUAAUUAAAUUACUUUACAGCAAACAUUUAUAUUCAAGUUUUGUGUACAAAUAGUAUCAAUUGAGCGAAUGCCAUUGCAUCAUUUUGGACAUUUCAUACUCGUAAUGUUAAACUCAUUUCAAAGUAAAACCAAGAAACCAAGAAAAAACACUUGAAACCGAAAACCGAAUCGAAAUCGAAAUUAAUAAAAGAAAAAAAAACAUUAUGAAAAAUAAUUAGCACACGAAAGAGAAAACAUUAUAUAAAUAAAUAAAUUAAAACAAAAUAUAUACAAUAAUUUUAUAAGCGAUCGACAGCUGCUAAAACAACAACAACAACUCAAGAACAACAAGAAGAAGCAGCUGGAAAAGUUAAGAUAAAACACAAAUGAAAUGUUAUGUCAAGGUAGCAAUUAUUUUUUACAAAAACCCAAAAAAUCGAAAACAAAAAAAAAACACAAAUAAAAAAUACCUAUUUAAUGUAUGUAAAGAAAAAAUAAAAAUGAGUACGGAAAAUUUUAAAAAGAGGGAAACGCAAAAACCAAAAUUCUUUUUAGGCCACAAACAAAACGAAAUUACAUAAUUUAUGUGCCAAGCGAGAAAUUAUUCUAUGUAUCGUAUUUGAUAUCAUCACCAAAGCGAGCACACACAAAAAAGUACUUAUAAAUAAAUACAAAAAAAAAACAAAAAACAAAACUAAAAGAGAAAAAACAAACAAAAAAAAAAAUGAAAAGAAAAACACACAAAAAAAACUCAUGUCAAAUUUAAUUAAAUGCAAACAUAAACUUUAAAGCGAAUGCGAAUGAGCGCAUGCAGACGAUUUAAAAUACUCGAUUAAAACAAGUAUUUCAAAGCGUGUGUGCACUGCCUCCCCCCACCCCCCUACUCUCUCCCAACACCAACACCAACACCCAACCCACCCCACCCCACCCAAAAAACACUGUAAACUCUCACUCUCUCUCGAGAUGCCAACUAACAGUUUGUUGUUAGUUCAAAUAAUAAAAAUAAUAAUAAUAAUACUUAUAAUAAUACACGAGAAAUUAUUAAGAGAACAGCUAAGAACUUUAAAUAAAACUAAAACCUAAAAAAAACGGAGAAAAGUAACGAGAUAUUAAAAGAAAUGAAAAAGUAAUGGAAAAACACAAUUGAAAAAACAAAAAAAAAAACAAAAAACUAAGUAAAACUCAACUGAAAUCUUCUGUACUUGUUAAUUAACAACAACAAAAU